CUGCCGGCCGCCGCCUCCCUCCGCCCCGUCGCCGGAGGCUGGCCUCCCUCUUUAGGAGGAAAGAUGUCCUUCUUCAACUUUCGUAAGAUCUUCAAGCUGGGUGGUGAGAAGAAGAAGAAACAGUACGAGCACGUCAAGAGGGAUUUGAACCCUGAGGAGUUCUGGGAGAUUAUCGGGGAGCUGGGAGAUGGUGCUUUCGGUAAAGUGUUCAAGGCUCAGAACAAAGAAACGAAAGUACUGGCUGCUGCAAAGGUGAUUGAUACUAAAUCAGAAGAAGAACUUGAAGAUUACAUGGUUGAGAUUGAUAUUUUAGCAUCCUGUGAUCAUCCUAAUAUUGUUAAGCUCCUAGAUGCUUUCUACUAUGAAAACAAUCUCUGGAUCCUCAUCGAAUUUUGUGCAGGUGGAGCAGUAGAUGCAGUCAUGUUGGAGCUUGAAAGGCCAUUAACAGAGCCACAGAUCAAAGUGGUAUGCAGGCAGACACUGGAAGCAUUGAACUACUUGCAUGAAAAUAAGAUCAUCCACAGAGAUCUAAAAGCUGGCAAUAUUCUUUUCACAUUAGAUGGAGACAUUAAACUAGCGGAUUUUGGAGUAUCAGCUAAAAACACAAGAACAAUACAAAGAAGAGAUUCUUUUAUUGGUACACCAUAUUGGAUGGCUCCAGAAGUAGUAAUGUGCGAGACUUCUAAAGACAGGCCUUAUGAUUACAAGGCUGAUAUUUGGUCUCUUGGCAUUACUUUAAUAGAAAUGGCUCAAAUAGAGCCACCUCAUCAUGAAUUAAAUCCAAUGCGAGUGCUUCUGAAAAUAGCAAAAUCUGAUCCACCUACAUUAGCACAGCCUUCAAAAUGGUCAUCAGAUUUUAAAGAUUUUCUGAAGAAAUGUUUGGAAAAGAAUGUAGAUGCAAGGUGGAGUGCAACUCAACUUCUACAGCAUCCGUUUGUUACUGUUACUUCCAAUAAACCAAUAAGAGAAUUGAUUGCAGAAGCUAAGGCUGAAGUUACAGAAGAAGUUGAAGAUGGUAAAGAUGAGGAUGAAGAAGAAGAAACAGAAAAUUCUCUGCAGUUACCUGCAGACAAGCGUGCAUCCUCUGACCUCAGUAUUGCCAGCUCUGAAGAGGAUAAACUUUCGCAGAAUGCCUCUGUUCUGGAAUCUCUUUCUGAGAAAACAGAAAGUAAUGCAAUUGAGGACAAAGCCAGCACUAUAUUUCCAGAUGACAAAACAACUGGGGAUGAAUCUGAGGACAUUAAUUUUAGGAAAACAGCUGAUAUCAUAUGUGAUACUUCUGUUGGUGAUACAAAAGUGCAGAAUGGUUCUGUGCCAACUGGUGAAGAUGAGCAAGGCAAAAUAGUGCCAGCUGAAAAGAAUACAGAAAGCCUGGAAAAAACACAUGAAGAUAUGGAAACCCAGAAGGGAGGAAAAGAACUUGAUGUGGUAGCAAAAUCAGAAAUAAAGGGUGAACCUGACCUAAAAAUAGAGAAAGAAAAUUACAUGGGAGAUGAACAGAUAAAAGAUAAGAAGCUGAAAAUAGUAUCUACAACUGAAGUUGAAGAAGCCAUUUCUAAGGAAACUGGUGAAAAAGAAGAGAACAGAACAGAUCUCUCAGAAAUUAAGGAAGGAAAGGUCCCUGCAGAAAGUACUACAGAGCAAAAGAAAGAUGAAGAUCAGAAAGAGGUGAUAGACACUACUACAGAAACUCUACCGAAAGUGGCUGAUGAAGAAAAGGAACUAAUAAAGCCUGGAAUUGACAGCAUUAAGGAGAUAGGUGAUAUUGCUGAAACACAGAUCAGUGAUGGAGAUAAAACACCUGAGACGGAGGAUAAGCCAGUGGAAAGUCAGGCUAAGCAGGUCCAUGAGAUAAUCAGCUCUGAAGAAACUCUACCAGAAAGCCAAGAUAAAGCGAUCAAAGUAGACAAGAAACAGGCAGAAAGUGAAAAUGAGGAUAUUUGUAAUAUAAGCAGCAUGGAGGAAACGGAGAUCAAAGACAAGGUAGACCAGAAGGCAAUACAGAGCAAGCCUGAGGACAUUUCCAAUAAAGUGGUGGAUAAACUGACUGAUAUGGACCAAAAUUCAGAGGAGCACAGACCUGAGAAUAUCCAGGAAAACAAUAUUCAGAUAGACAAAGAACAUUUGGAAGUUACUUCUGAUGAAAUAACGAAGAAUAAGCUUCAAGAUAUUGUCAAUGAACAAGCUGAUGACUCUGAAGUCACUCCAGUCCCCAGUAUUAGUAUUAGCACCGAAGAAAAUGAGGAGAAAGUCAGAACAGAUAAUAAAGAUAAUACCGAAACUUUGCAGCAGCUAGAAUCAGAGAAUUUGAAGGAAAACGAUGCAGAUUCAGGCACUGGUUCUACAGCUGAUAACAGCAGCAUUGAUUUGAACUUGUCAAUUUCUAGUUUCCUUAGUAAAAACAAAGAGACAGGAUCAAUAUCUUUACAGGAAACUAGAAGACAGAAGAAAACUUUAAAGAAAACUCGCAAGUUUGUUGUUGAUGGAGUAGAAGUGAGUGUAACCACAUCAAAAAUAGUCACUGAAAAUGACUCUAAAAGUGAAGAAAUGCGAUUUCUACGACGUCAAGAGCUAAGAGAGCUAAGACUUCUUCAGAAAGAGGAGCAGAGAGCCCAACAGCAACUCAGUAAUAAGCUUUUGCAGCAGCGAGAACAGAUGUACAGACGUUUUGAACAGGAAAUGACAAGUAAAAAGCGACAGUAUGAUCAAGAAAUAGAAAAUCUAGAAAAACAGCAGAAACAGACAAUAGAGCGCUUGGAACAGGAACACACAAAUCGUUUACGAGAUGAAGCAAAACGCAUCAAAGCAGAACAGGAGAAGGAAUUGUCCAAAUUCCAGAACAUGCUGAAAAACAAAAAAAAGGAGGUUUUAUGUGAAGUGGAGAAAGCACCAAAAGAGCUGAGAAAAGAGCUCAUGAAACGCAAGAAAGAGGAGCUUGCACAAAGCCAGCAUGCUCAGGAGCAGGAAUUUGUGCAAAAGCAGCAACAAGAACUGGAUGCAUCUCUGAAGAAAAUUAUUCAGCAGCAGAAGACAGAACUAGCCACUAUUGAACGAGAUUUCCUCAACAACAAGCAGCAGCUCAUGAGAGCUCGCGAAGCUGCAAUCUGGGAGCUGGAAGAGCGACACCUACAAGAGAAACACCAGCUCCUCAAACAGCAGCUCAAAGAUCAGUACUUCAUGCAGAGACACCAGCUGCUUAAGAGGCAUGAGAAAGAAACGGAACAAAUGCAGAGAUAUAAUCAACGCCUUAUCGAGGAGUUAAAGAACAAGCAAACUCAGGAGAGAGCGAGACUGCCUAAAAUCCAGCGAAGUGAAGCAAAGACUCGAAUGGCUAUGUUUAAGAAAAGUUUAAGAAUCAACUCAUUAGCUUCUCCAGACCAAGAUCGUGAGAAAAUUAAGCAGUUUGCUAUUCAAGAAGAAAAGAGACAGAAGAAUGAGAGACUGGCUCAGCAUCAGAAGCACGAAAACCAGAUGCGGGACCUUCAGUUGCAGUGUGAAGCAAACAUCAGAGAACUGCAUCAGUUACAGAAUGAAAAAUGCCAUCUACUGGUUGAGCAUGAGACUCAGAAGCUAAAAGAGCUAGAUGAAGAGCACAGCCAGGAACUGAAGGAAUGGAGAGAGAAAUUGAGGCCAAGAAAAAAGACGCUGGAAGAAGAAUUUGCCAGAAAGCUGCAGGAACAGGAAGUUUUCUUUAAAAUGACUGGAGAAUCCGAAUGCCUUAACCCUUCAACACAGAGCCGCAUUUCCAAAUUCUAUCCAAUCCCCAGCCUUCACUCCACUGGGUCGUAACUCUGGGAACUGCUGUAGGUCUUUUCGUAUUUGGAAUUCUCCAUCCUCAUCGUCUAACCUGACUUAAUCUGCGGUGUACGUCAAAGGACCUCGCGCUUUUUGUUUUCAGUGGAGACAAUCAGUGUCACAAUCGGUUUCUUUACUUCUUGGAACCGGAAGAAAAGAAAGAAGGUGUCAGUGUAUAAUGGUAAUGUUACGUCCUCCAGAUGUUUCAAGAAAAGUGGGGUUUUUUUAUCUCAGUCUCAAAAAGUAUGUUAACAAUGGUUUUGACUUUAAGCCUAAAAUAUUAAUUAUACCCUUUCUGAUCACAAAAAAUGGCUUCUCAUGUGAACGUUUAAACGGUGUAAUAUUACUUCUGCUACUGUGUUUUUAAGUGUCUGACUUCUCCACGAGAGAAUUCCACACCUGAAACUGCCGAGAGAUGUUUAAAACGUUGCAGUGUUGAGCAGUGUCUUCAUGGCAAGGACUGAAACGAAUUACUCGGAACACGCCAAUGAUCAGAAAAAUAGACCCUUACGUUUAAACACGAUCGGUAAAAGCAAAAGCCUUUGCAACUCCUUUGAAAAGAAACCUCUGGCAUGAAUUAAACUGAGCUGAUCUCCGUGACAUACUUUGUCCAUUAGUUCCAUAAUGAAAUGGGGUGCUAGUUUAAUCAAUACAGUGCCUGAAACACAUAGAUGCGCUAAUCCUGGCAACAGGAUACUGUUUUUGUCAUUGAAAAAAAGCAAACCAACCACCAACAAACCACUCCUUAGCAUUGUUGUUACUGUACAAACCAGAAGAUUUCUUGCUGCUACUGCCAUUUUUGUUGUAAAUCCUCACCCUAAAAUAUUUUGCACUAAAAUAUGUAAAGGUGAAAGAGAUGCUAACUUUAAGAUGCACAGUUUAUUAUUUUCCUUAGCGAUUGCAGGUGGUUAAGUUCUACACAUUGAAAAGCUGUGGAAUGUAUUUUUUAGAAAGCGGCGUGCAACGUGCCCGUGGCGUCUCUAACUGGCCCUGGAAUGGGCAGAGCCAUUUUUCUGUUCUUACCAAAGCCUGUUCGUUUAAACUCCAUCAGAAAAGUGGAGGUGGGUGGUCAUAUUUGUAAAUAACCAUGGCUAAACUCUGAUUGGAUUAGAAGUGUUUAGAUUUGAUUUUUUUUUUUAAAUUUUAGUCAUUUUAUUUUAUAGAAAGAUUUAAGUUAAAUAUAUAGACAAGCUACUUGGUGAAGCUGGGUUUUUUUGCUUUUUUGUUGCCACGUACUAACACAGGCAGUUUUUAUUUUUCGGGUUCAUAGAUGUACAAUAAGUUAUUGAUCUGCCUGAUCUGCAGUGGAAAAAAAAAAAAAAACCAACCCUGAAACGUUUCUCAUACAGCUGGUAGGGAAACGCAGCGGUAGGAGGUCACUUUCACUGCACUCUUUUUGGCGGCUAGAGUUUGAGGCACGUCAGGACAGUAUCGUAAGCCGUGCUUUGGUAGGCUGGGGUUCAAUUUGUAAAAGAGUAUUUGCGUUCUGUCAUUCGAGGCCUGACUUUCCAGUCCCUCUGGGCGUCAGCUGUAAAGGUUCUGUUUUGCCAGCUUGCGUUAAGCGUGCGACUGGUGAACGUUACACGGCGUUCGUUUCAUGGGAACAGUAUUGAUGCGUGGGAAUGAACUCAUAAAUCCACACAGGACUUUAAGCAGAUGUGGCUGGAAUCUUGGAUGCUGAAAUCCUUGGACGUUGAACCGCUACCUUCUCAAUGAAGACACUUAAAAUUUACAGCACAGUAAAAAAAAAAAAAAAAAAAUUGGAAAAAUGCAUGUUUUAAUUUAAAUUUUCUAACUUUUUGAUAGCAUAAUUACUUUAAUAGCUAGCCUUAAUUUCUGGCAUUUUAUUAUCUAAAUGUGUAUUGCAUACUGUUGUAAAUUCACGUACCAUAUCUCUAGAUUGUUGCUGAAUGCAAAGUUCUUUAAAUUGUUUAUUUAAUAGGGUGAAAAAUGUCUUGGAAGGCCUUUUACUUCCUAAGCUCUAUCAUCAUAAAUUGACUGUUACUAAAAUAACAUUAAAUAAUCUUCAUCUCUGUAUUUAACAGAAUCUGUGGGCAGUUUCCGUGUGAGGCAGGCUCUGUGCUUUACUCGGGGAGCAGCCGGGGCAGGCCCGUUUCCCUUCUGGAUUCCUUCUCUACCUUCAUCCGCAUUCAGUCCCUGGAGGGAGACGUUCAUCUUCUCCUCCCGUUUUUGGCGGUGUCGGUGAUACCUUGCUGAUACGCGUUGGCGUGCUGUUUACCUCUGUCUAAUCUUUUAAACCUCUUCUUUGAAGAUCCUUUUCACACGAGCCCCUGCAAGCUGAUCUCGCUGCAAAUUGUGCAAAGGAGGAAGUGGGCUCCGGGACGGAGGGAGGGCUCGGGCGUAGCGGUUGAAGCCCUAGCGGUGUUUGCCCAGCUCUCCAGGUGCGGAGCCUCGUGAAUGGUGCUGAGGAUUGAUAUCCAGCGUGGAAAUGCGUUUUUCAGGGGGGAUGACAGGAACAAGCGUGGGUACUUACACAUUUAGGCUGAUAAAAUUGAUUUAAGUAUUGCAGAGCAGGGAAGAGGUGUACAAUGUUAGAUCAAUGUCAGAAAAGUCAAUUCAAAUGGCUUUAGUCUCACAGAGGCCCGGAAGAGAUCUCCUGAGAUACAGAAUCCAAUCUCUCUGCUAUCACACGUCACAGCCCUUAAUAACAGCUAGGAGCUCCAUCUCCAAGGCGGCCAGGUCUAUGUUCCUUAGCCAAAGCAAUGUACUUCCUUACCGAGCCUUUGCCAGACCUCAGUUUCCCCACGUGCCCUUCAGAAGAUGACCGCAAGUUGGUAUUUGCUCGCCCUUGCGUUUUACUGCGUCAUAAACACUGUCCACAGGAAAAUGAACAAAGGCAGUAAAAUGGCAUGCACGACUGUGCAUUUUGGUUGUCCUCUCCUGUGUACCACCCACUCACACAAAACCCCUGCCUGCGGGCCCACGGCCUCUGAUGGAUUCAGUGCUGGCAGCUUGUCCUUCCUGAGCUCCAAAAGCCAUUUCAGCUCCUGCCCGUUGGCUUUCCCGGGCCUUUCAAGCAGAGGAGCUGGUGGCUCGGCCCCCCCCCAGCCGUGACAGAACCUGGGCUGUGUGCAGGAUCUUGUAGUCCUCUGCUAAUGCAGCCCUGCCGGUAGCCCGGGGAGAUCUUUGGCUAGCCCAGCCGCAGCCGGGCUUGCUGCCCUGCUCUACAACCAGAUUCAAUUCUGUGCCUCGCCUGGGCGGGGCUGCCCUGGGACCAAGGUAGGAGGAUGCUUGGGCUGAGAUCCUGAAGGUGCCGCCUCCUGAAGCCCCAGGGGAACUUCGCUGUUUACUUGGUUGAAGGGGAAAUAGCCAAGCAUGGUUUUUUCCCCUCUCUGAUGCCCACAAACCAAACUUCUUUCUUUUUCCAAGCGCUCUGCUGAAUACGUGAGAAGCACGUGGGCGUGAAAGGAUACAAUAUUGGAGUUGAUCUGAUUGAUGAGGUAGAUCCUGAUUUAUUAGAGGUUAUUCUUUAGAACUGAACUUCUCUAACUGAAUUGACACCUGAAUUCAAACUGGGAGGUGGCAGGACCCCACUGUCCUGACCAGCGGCAUUGAUUCAAACUGACUUUUCACAUCCCUUUUAAAAUCCUGAUACUUGUUCCGAGCUGCAGCCUUUUUCUCAGGCCACGUUUUAAGCUCAUAUCCUUUUAAGAUGGCAUUCACGGGUAUUCAGCAUCUAAUCAAUCACAUGGUUUAAAAGAUUCUUCUUCUUCUUCUAUCCUAGAGGGCUUUCUCUACUGUAACUACAUGAUACUGGAUUUUUUUUUUUCCUUGAUGAAUAGGGUACUUAGCACCUUAACUAAGACGGAGCCAAGCAAAGCAGUAAUGCAAUUACUUUCAUCACAGCACAAGGUCUUGCACAACGGCAAUAGCACAUAGGAAGUUCAAGUUGAUUCUCUGCCUGAAAUGGUAUCGGUCUUGCAAGAGAGGGUACAGGAAAUACUUAAAUUCACGUUUUGAUCCCCUUUGAGGGAGCCUGAUUCUCAGAGGUGCUGCGUGGCUGCAGCUCCCGGGUCCUCAGAAAUGCUCAUCUUUGCUGAAAACCAGGGAACAGACUUAAAAACGAGCAAAUAGGCUACGUGCCAGUUGCUUCCACGGAGCUGCUGCUUUUGGGUUAAUCUGCCGUGGGGAAGUGGGGCAAGUUCUCGUGGAUGGUGCCGGUGUGGUCAUUUGGGGUGAGGGCAGGGAGGAGUGCUGGGGGGUGACCAUGCAGGUAACCUCCUGCCAUUCAGGUUGGCAUUUACAGUCCCGUCAUUCCACUUCAAAGUCUACUUCUGGAUCUGAGAAGCUUCCUUGCGUUGACAUGUCCACGUGAGCACAUUUCCUGUUCCCUGAUGUGUGCUGUCGGCUUCGCAGUAGAUAAAAAAUGAGGGCGGAGAGGAUGAACCUUCCUCCCCACAGGCAAGGCAAGGCAAGGCCGGGAUGCCCUGUCACGCCCUUAUGAAAGACGAGGACAGAUGAAGGGAAGGAGAAGACAACAGCAGCUUCGCAGCGUUUCUCUGUGUUGCUUGCAGAGCUUUUGGUUGUGCUCCAUCCCCUUUCUCUCGCCUCAGCCCUCACAUUUCAUUUCUGAAGCUGCUUCUGGCGCGGGGCCGGUCAGCGGUGCCAGAGGAAGACGAUGGCCUCUUAGGUAAGAACGUGCUCAGAACCAGCCCGCACAUGGGGCCGGCUCGCGUGCUUCCAUGGUACCGAGAGUGGAAGGGAGUCGCUGAGCCCAAAGAUGCUCUGAUUUCCCAAAGUCUCUCUUACAAUCACCAAGCGAGGUGGUAAAACCUCGUUCUUGCUCAUUAUGGUGGAAGGAACAGAAGCUAGGAAGGGACGCUGUGUGAGAUCUGUCCUGUUGAACUGCUGGCCCCCUGUUUUCCCCAAAAAAGGGGUGCUCUCGUGAUACAGCCCAGAGCCCUGAGGCGGCCCCAACUGCCUGCUGCCCCCGGGCCGUGUUGAAUGUGCUGUGUUAACUGCAAACCGAGUUAUUUUGCCUUACAGAAAGCAACCAAAAAUCACGAGAGGGGUGCGUGACUGGCCGAGGGAGGGUCCCUGUGUGCACAGCUCAUGGGCGUGAGCCUGCAGUAGCAGCCACACAACAGUUCCUUUUGGGUUUGUUGUUUUU